UCUUCCCUUGCUUCGCGUGCUGAUCUAAAGAUGGACGAAUUUGAAUUCUGAACUGUCUAUUGAUCUGUUCUUUGAUUGAUCUCCUCCUUCAUCGUCUUCUUCUGAGAGAGUAAGGAUCAUUGAUUCAGUGCUGCUUCGCUCUCCUUGUGUUCCAGUUCCUUUUCUUCCUUGCUCUUUUGCCUUUGGCAGCAAUGUUUUCUGACAAAAGCAGUUAAUUUGACGCCUUCAAGGUCACUACUCUUCUACUCUUUGUGUUUGCCACAUCUUCCAUGGGCUUCACGGCGCUGAGGUUUCUCUCCUGGAUCCUAAUCGAAAUCUAGAAGCUCAUAGCUUCUGAGAUUGGUAGCCUGAGUAAUGGCGACAAGGUCCAGCUCCAAGGCUCGGCCUGGUGCCAAGCCGAUGCAGCAAGCAGUGUUCGAGCUGAAGCAGCGGGUGGUGCUGUCGCUUAAUAAGCUCGCCGACCGCGAUACCCACCGGAUCGGCCUCGAAGAGCUCGAGCGGCUCGCCGAGAACUUGAGCCCCGAAAUGGUCGCUCCAUUUCUGUCGUGCGUCGCCGAGACUGACUCCGAUCAGAAGAGCGCUGUGCGCCGGGACAGCGUGCUGGUGAUGGGCACCCUCGCUAGAUCCUACGGAACGCUGCUCGUUCCCCAUUGCGGAAAAAUUAUAUCUUCGAUUCUUAGGCGGCUAAAGGACACGGAUUCCGCUGUGCGGGACGCUUGCAUCGAGACUUGCGGUGUUCUCGCUACCAGUAUGGCGGGUACUGGCGGCGGUGAGGGAGAGACUGUGUUUGUGGCUUUGGCCAAACCCCUCUUCGAAGCCCUGGGAGAACAAAACAGAUACGUGCAGGUGGGUGCCGCCCUGUGCUUGGCGAGGGUCAUUGAUGAGGCUAGCGAUGCUCCUCAAUCCAUCUUCCCUCAAAUGCUUGCGCGUAUUAUAAAAUUGCUGAAGAACCAGCAUUUCAUGGCCAAGCCGGCGAUCAUCGAGUUGAUCAGAAGCAUCAUACAGGCAGGAUUUGCUUUAGCAACUCAGACAUUGUCUGCAGCAGUAAAUAGCAUUCUUGAUGCUCUCAAAAGUAAUGAUUGGGCAACACGCAAAACUGCAUCUUUAGUAUUGGCUGCUAUUGCUGUAAACCCUGGAUCUUCUUUAGCGCCGUUGAGAAAUUCUUGCAUCCGUUCCCUCGAGUCCUGCAGAUUCGACAAGGUCAAACCUGUGCGUGACUCGGUUUUGCAUGCAAUACAAUGCUGGAGAGUGCUACAAGGGAGUGGUUCUCCUGUACCAUCAGAAGUUGGAUCAUCCAUAAAAGAAAAUUUUGGAGGUGAUAUCAAUGAUGUUACUAGCGAUAAUGGAUGGGGAGACUCAUCCUUCAGAAAGACUGGCUCAGUUUCUUUUCUAAGUGGAAUCUCUACCUCCUCAACGCAGAAGACAGCUCCUCCACCUGUCAGGAAACUGUGUAAAAGUAAUACACCAAAUGGUCAACGCAUGAAGUUGAGCGAUUGGCAGGUUGAGAUCUCAGUCCCAAAGACUCGUGCUAUGUCACUGGUUACUGAUGAUUGUAGAGAACCUUCAAGGGUUCGUGCGAGAAAUGCCUUUGAAAGAAGGGGAUUAAGUUCCACUCAGUUGCAUGAUACAGUUUUUGAUUGUGGAUCUGUGGAUGAUAAACCCGACUUAUCGUGCGUAUCAGAUCUAGCCAGUAGAAGUCAUGGGAUGAAGCAUGAAAUAGUAUCCCAAUACUGUCGUGACGAUAAUGGUUCCACACAUAUUACAGGAAACAACAUUUCAACUGCUGAGGACACUGGACCGGAUUGCACAGGGCACCCGGAUAGGAAGAGUGUGGAUUCCACUGUUACAGACUCAUGUUCAAACAGUAUGCAUGGAUGUUGUUUACGUGCUGCAAAUGAAUUGUCCUUCAUCAAGCAAAAACUCUUUGAAAUUGAAACUAAGCAAUCAAACUUACUGGAUCUCUUAAAGGUGCUCACUGAAAAUUCAAUGGAUAAUCUCUUACAGCUACAUUCUAAGGUGAAGAAAUUGGAACAUGUAGUAGAUGGAGUAACCCGUUCUUCUGUUGAAUGUGAAAAUCUUUCAAGCCUGGCAUGCUCAAAACUUGUCAAGCAAGAGCAAACUGUUACUUCAUCCCUUAAGCUUACCACACUCACACCUAGGGCUUCAGUGGAUAAACACAAACUACGCUCACCACUAUCAUCAAAAAGCAUGGGGAUGUGGGGGGAAAACAUUUCUCCUAUAGGUAGAUCAAACAUUUCAGUCAAAGAAGCACAGUUUUUUAAGGAUUCAGCACUUGACAAGCAAAGGAAUCCAAUAGACACCUGUAAACCAAAUAACUCUGGAAGAAAUCUUAGAUCUGUAAAAGGUCAUGGAAAAGAUAGAAACAAUGUUACUGAUAGUGUUAGCAACUUGGAAGCCAUGUCUGGAAUUUGGAAAAGAGUUGACAGCUUUCUUAAUAUGGGGAAUAUCGAGUCAGCAUACGUGGAAGCCAUUCUUUCCAAUGAUGAUCUUACUUUGGUCCAGCUUAUGGAUAGAACUGGCCCUGUUUUAGAUAGAUUGUCAUUGGAGACAACCAAUGAUGUACUCAGUUUAGUGGCUGCAAACUUUGCUGAUCAAAGAUUUCUGGAACGCACAAUUCCAUGGCUGCAACAAGUUGUUGAACUGAGCAAGGCAAAUGGGUUGAGGCAACUUUUUCUGUCUACAAAAGCACAGACAGAGUUCUUAUUUGCAUUACAGGAAGCAGCAACUAGAGUGACAGCUGAUCCAGCACUGAGAAUGUCUAUUUCUCCUUUUGUAGCAAAAUUGCAUCAUCUGUGGCUUGAGACUCCAUGCAGGAGGAACCUUCCACCAAGAGGAUAAAUCACAAUGGAGCAAGGGAUGUGUUUUCUAGUCCUGUGGGAUUGAUCUCUUCUUUUGCAUUAUGUCAAGUUUUCCAAAUGUGUCCUUGAGAACUUUGGAACAUGCUGUUUCUCAAACAAAAUGUCAUUUUGUUCUAAUAAUUUAUUGUCUCAUAGUUUAAACUCUUA